UUCAUACCUUUCCACGACUCAACGUGUGGCCCACACUGGAUGCUGUUAGUCAUUGAUUUUGAGAAGGAGAAAUUGACCUACCUUGACUCUUUCCCCAUGACAAAGUCUUCCCACAACAUAACGCGGAGCAUAAAAACUAUGGCGCUGUUUAUGGAGGGAAUGCUGCAAAGUGGCAUAUUUUACGACAAUCCGAGCACACCUAGGCCACUGGUGUCGCAUUUUCACAUGUCUUUCCCCAGUGCCGCUGGUUCACAGGGCAUUAACUCGAAUGACUGUGCAGUCUUCGUCAUCCUUUGGAUGACAUCUGCAAAGGAGGAGGAAGGAUACAAAGUGGAGGUGGACAAUGGAUCCAGACUGCAGAUUGCGAUUGAUUUGGUGUUGGCGCCAUAUAAUAAACACAAGUCAAUCGUAAUGCAGAAUGCUGAAGAUUUCAAUGCGCGCAAGAAAAGAUCAUCAUUGCGUAAAGGGGUGUAAUUUGUAUGAUUUGUACAAUGUAUGAUUUGGACAAUGGUCGGAUUAUGUAUUAUGGGACAACUUGAAAUGUUAUGUUUUUUGGUAUGUAUUAUGGUACAAUUUAUGGUACUGAUUUUGCAGUGGGUUAGCUGUGGGUUUUGUAUGAUUUGGACAAUGGUCGGAUUAUGUAUUAUGGUACAAUUUAUGGUACUGAUGUUGCAGUGGCUUAGCUGUGGGUUUUGGUACUGAUGUUGCUGCUGUAUUAUUUAUUAUGGUACAAUUUGAAUCUCUAUGUAUUAUGGUACAAUUAGAAUGUUCUAAUUUUAU